AUGGUGUAUUGCCCUUGCCCCAAGGCCUGUAUGGGGCGGGCCGCGGGGGGAGGUAGGGUGCACAUGGGCAUGGAGAGGGAGGACAAGGUGGUGUUUACUGUGCCCGGUGUGCCAUCCCCCAUAUAUCCCAUUUUUUGUGUGGCACACUGCAGGGAAACGCUCGUGGGAGGGGGAGGCAGGGUGCACAUGGGCAUGGAGGGGGAGGACAAGGUGGUGUAUGAGGAGCAACCGGGGGAGGUGGUAACUGCCAUGACACAUGCCCCGUUCCUCUACAACAUCACGCACUGCUCUCCCCCCAUCCACGGCCAGGUCAUCUCAUAUCGCAUCUACCAAUGGAUGGAUCUUCACAUCCGCAUGGGAGUGGACCAUUUCUCCCUGAACGAUGUGGGCGGGGUGGACCCGCAACUGCGAACGCUGAUUGCGCCGUUACUGGACGAAGGGAUAGUGGAGAUCACGGAUUUUCGCGACUUGCUGAACUACGAGGUCUGGUACGACGGCCAGGUGAUGAUGGUAAACGACUGUGUGUAUCGCUUCCGCCACCUCUCAAAGUGGAUCAUGUACCUUGACUUUGACGAGUUCAUGUUCAUCAAUGCAAUCCCACGCCUCUCAGCGCGCAUACACCGCCUUACUCAUGCCCAAAGUUGUUUCCCCCUUCUCGUGUCCCCUUUCUCAUGUCCCCCUUCUCAUGUCCCCCUCUCUCCCCUCAUGCACCCUUCUUUUAUGUGGCUCUUUGGCAAUACCACGCCUCUCAGCGCGCAUACACUUCCUUCCUCAUGCCCAGAGUUCAUUCCCCCAUCUCAUGUCCCCCUCUCUCCCCUCACCACCUUUCUCCUUCGCGAUGUGGCUCUUCCAGGAGCGCAUGCCCACGCCUCUCUCUCAGCAUUCACCACUUCCUCAUGCCUUGCAAGGGCGUUCCCUAUGAGGGCAUGCCCUUUGCGGCCCUACGAGGGGAAUACCUUCGUGAAUCACUUCCUCAUGCCCUACGAGGGAAUGCCCUACGUCACUCACGGCAGCCUCUGGUGGGACUUGGAUCGCUGCCUGCCCUCCCAAGGCCCUGACGACCCCAGGUGGCCGCUGGAGCGAAUGCUGUGGCACGGGCCGGGGAUCUACUGUAAAGCCAAGGACAACAACACCAACCCCACCGUGUGCCUGCACCACUACGGCCACCGCAAGCUCUUUGUGGACCCCAGACGGGUGGGCUUGCCUUCUUUUUAA